CACUUGGGGUGCGCCUAUGUCCUAACAGCCUGGUCCGCUCGCCUACACUGACUGUUGCGUCGCACUCCCCCAUCUGGCAUAGACAAGACUCCGCAAGCCGAGAAACUGACGUGUUUUGCGCAUUUCCUGCACCAGCGUUUAGACGGUCGGAGGGGGGAGAAGAGGUAGGUCUGCAGGAAACCCAGAACAGCAAAGGCGAGAGAACAUCCUGGGAGUAUAAGGAGCGAACAGAAACCAAGAAAACCACAACCUACAGUCGACCUGCAACUAUACAUUGCUUGAGCUAUUCACAAGUCGAGUAGCCUGUUUGGGAAACAUCCCAAAUGCAGGCAAGGAGGCAGGAGUCGCCCUAUCUUCCAACCGUGGAAUACGAGUGUUUCCAGAGCCUAGUGGAGUUGCCGAGGAUAGAUAUCUUUGAUAGAUUUUGCUCUGUCGGGUUGCGGUUUGGAUAGACUGUUGAUAUUCCAACUGCUGCAUGGUCGUAUUUUUCCUGCGCAUAAGCUUCUCAAUACGUGUAUUUAUUCUGUUCAAAAGAAAGGCUUUGUCUGGUUAAACCCCAAAUGUGGAUUAUCAUUGUGAAAACCAAGACUGUCAGACAGCAAAAACAAGAACAUUUACUCUCUCUGGACUGUUUCAGAACGACUGAUAAGUAUCCGAUUGGUAUGUGUGUGUCACAACCUCUUGGAAAAACCAUUCAAUCCGUGUUCUUAAUUUGAUAAACGCUACAUAAGACUAGGCUAAAUUAUUUAUGACCCGUUGAAGUGGCUGGGUUAAAGGAAUAUAUUGUAAACAACCAUUCUUGUUCCAAAGCCCAUUGAGGAGGAUUACAUCACCGCCAUGGUGGUUUUCAAUGGGUUAUUGAAGAUCAAGAUUUGUGAGGCGUUGGAUUUGAAACCGACGGCUUGGUCUCUCAGGCAUGCGGUUGGCCCAAAAACCCAGACUUUUCUCCUGGACACCUACAUCGCUCUAAACGUGGAUGAUUCGCGUGUGGGCCAAACCUCCACCAAACAGAAAACCAACAGCCCUGCGUGGAACGACGAGUUCGUUACCGAGGUGCAUGACGGAAGGAAAAUCGAACUGUCGGUGUUUCACGACGCGCCAAUUGGAUAUGACGAUUUCGUGGCCAACUGCAUCAUACAGUUUGAAGAUAUAUUGCAGAAUGGCAGUAAGCACUACGAGGAAUGGAUUGACUUGGAGCCUGAGGGGAGGGUGUACGUCAUCAUGGACCUGUCUGGAUCGUCUAGUGAAGCUCCAGGCUCCAGUGAGAAUGCAGAGGAGCGUGUGUUUCGGGAGCGCAUGCGGCCAAGGAAGAGGCAGGGUGCCGUACGAAGGAGGGUCCAUCAGGUCAACGGACACAAGUUCAUGGCCACAUACCUACGACAGCCUACCUACUGCUCCCACUGCAGAGACUUUAUAUGGGGUGUGAUCGGGAAACAGGGCUACCAGUGUCAAGUGUGCACAUGUGUAGUCCAUAAGCGCUGCCAUGAGCUCAUCAUCACAAAGUGUGCUGGGAUGAAGAAAGACAAAGAGGACACCACACCAGAGGAGGUUGGAUCCCAGCGGUUCAGCGUUAAUAUGCCUCAUAAGUUUGGUAUUCACAACUUCAAAGUCCUAACCUUCUGUGACCACUGUGGAUCGCUACUGUGGGGCCUGCUCAGACAAGGGCUGCAAUGCAAAGUCUGCAAGGUGAAUGUACACAGACGCUGUGAAAGUAACGUGGCUCCUAACUGUGGGGUGGACGCGAGGGGCAUCGCCAAGGUUCUGUCUGACCUGGGGGUCACACCAGACAAGAUCUCCAGCAGCGCCCAGAGGAGGAAAAAGAUAACCCAAGAACCCCAGCAGCCGUUACCAUGUACCCCUCAGACAGAGGAGGACCGAUCCAAAUCAGCCCCAACCUCCCCAUGUGACCAAGACCUGAAAGAGUUGGAGAACAUCCGCAAGGCGCUGUCGUUUGACCAACGUGGACAGGAACACAAGUCGGCCUCGUCCUCGUCCUCCUCGUCCAGCAGGGUGGUGGUGGUGGGCUCAGAGGGGGGCGAGGCCCGCGAGAACGGAGAGCUCAAGAUCGUCCAGACCAAGAGGAUGACCCUGCAGGACUUCCUUUUCAUCAAGGUCCUGGGCAAAGGCAGCUUCGGAAAGGUGAUGCUGGCUGAGCUGAAAGGAACAGAUGAGGUGUAUGCUGUGAAGGUGUUGAAGAAAGACGUGAUCCUGCAGGAUGAUGAUGUGGACUGUACCCUGACAGAGAAACGCAUCCUAGCCCUGGCUAGGAAACACCCCUACCUGACCCAGCUCUUCUGCUGCUUCCAGACCAAGGACCGUCUGUUCUUUGUGAUGGAGUACGUGAACGGAGGAGACCUGAUGUUCCAGAUCCAGCGUUCCAGGAAGUUUGACGAGGCGCGCUCUCGCUUCUACGCUGCCGAGGUCACAUCUGCCCUCAUGUUCCUUCACCAACAUGGUGUAAUCUACAGAGAUCUGAAAUUGGAUAACAUCCUGCUGGAUGCACAUGGCCACUGUAAGCUGGCUGACUUUGGCAUGUGUAAGGAGGGGAUCCUCAACGGAGUCACCACCACCACCUUCUGUGGGACCCCUGACUACAUCGCUCCAGAGAUCCUACAGGAGCUAGAAUAUGGCCCCUCUGUGGACUGGUGGGCUCUGGGGGUGCUUAUGUACGAGAUGAUGGCUGGCCAGCCUCCCUUCGAAGCCGACAAUGAGGAUGACCUGUUUGAGUCCAUUCUCCACGAUGAUGUCCUCUACCCAGUGUGGCUAAGCAAGGAGGCAGUCUCCAUCCUCAAAGCGUUCAUGACAAAGAGUCCAAACAAGCGUCUGGGUUGUGUGAUCACCCAGGGCUUGGAGGAAGCCAUCAAGGUUCAUCCCUUCUUCAAGGAGAUCGACUGGGUUUUGCUGGAGCAGAAGAGGGUCAAACCACCCUUCAAACCUCGCAUUAAAACCAAAAGGGACGUGAACAACUUUGACCAGGACUUCACUCGUGAGGAGCCUGUCCUCACCCCUGUAGAAGACGCCAUUAUUAAGCAGAUCAACCAAGACGAGUUCAAGGGUUUCUCCUACUUUGGAGGAGAGGAGACUCUGUCCUAAGGCCUGCACACACACACACACACACACACACACACACACACACACACACACAAACACAGAUGCUCUCCGCCGCAUCCUUGUGCUUAUGCACACACACCAACACACACACAUGCAUGUAUAUGCAGGAACACUGACAUACACACUCCCAUUCACAAACACACACACAUACAUAUUUUCUCACAUACAGACAUCCAGAAAUAUACUGUACAAUACACACAGAGUCAAUUAUUGCAUUCACAUACUCAUACAACACUCCGGCCAUUAGGGCCUAAGAUUAGUACCAACUCCAAAACUUAAACCUGACCAUCUACAGCGCUGUACCAGUAUAUUUGUCUGUCUGUCCAUCAGUGCAUGUUUUCUAUGUUAAAAAACAAUGUAAUUCAAGAGUAGGUCAUAUAGGAAGCCCAUCUGCUUUAUUAUCAAGUUCCUAUUGGCUGGUCCAGAUCACUCCUGAUCCAAUCAGAGUGGUGAAAAAAAAAACUCCUUGUGGUGGAGGGUGGCCCUUGGAUUGGUCUCCUGAGACUGAAUAUAGCCUGGCCCUUGGCCCAGGUUGAUAACAGUGAUGAAAGCUCCUCACAGUCCAGCCCCAGAUUAUGUCACAAGGCCCUUUCCAGUGGACUAUUAAAUGAACAGGGAAUGUUUGCGUGACGGUGUCAACUUUAUGUGUAUAUAAAGAUUUCAAGGUCAGGGGUUAUGUGUGCUUUGGGCAGGGGUCUUGUUCGACAUGGUCUCUGUAUGAUAGGUCAUACUUUCAACUGUUUCGUCAACUAUCCUAGUUCUUCAGUGAGUAUAUGACACUGAAACUAUGAUAUUAUUAUAUUAAUCUGUAAUUUCUCAAGCUGUCCUGUAAGUCUCUCGAUGUACUAGAAUCUCCUCCUCUGUCGUGUUUGAAUGCGAAUAACCAAAUCCAUAGAACCAAUGAUUGUAUUUAAAAAAAAGCUAAAAACUGAUUGGUUCACAGUAUCAAUAAAAAAGAGAAGCCUGUAACUAUUGAUACUGUUUAAAAGUUUCCUCAAGAUCAAAACGACGGCAGAAUUAGAAUGAGUCCAUGUAUAGUACAUAAAAUGCCUUUUGUGUGUAACUGCAAACCAGUUAUGUAUUGUAGAUAUGCCCACAGUGUUAUGGUAGUCUAGCUUCAUAUAUUCCAAAUGAAUGUCAUGGGUUUCAAUGUGGAAGAAUGUGCUUGUAUGCAUGAGUGUGAUCGUUGGGAUGCAACUGCAUGUAUGGCGUCUGUUUGCGUGUGUGUGUCUGUGUCAGUUAGGAUACUGUACGUAUGCUAGUUUGUGCGAGUCUGUUUGUGCGUGUGCGAUAUAGGCAGUGGGUUCAUGAGAAGGGCCCUCUUGAAGCUUUUACAUUUCAUUGGGUCAGUUUUAUUUCAUUGGGUCAGUUUUAUUUCAUUGUGUCUGUUUUAUUUCAUUAUGUUUGAUUUGCCGUGAUUUUACUGGAUUGUCUUGUUGCUCAGAGUUUGAAAUCCUGGAUUUCCCUGCUAUGCAACAAGACUCACAAUCAUGUGGGUGAAGGCAUCACCAGAUAGCCGUGUCUUUCCCGCUGUACAGACCACCUUGUAUAUAGAAGCCUGUGGACUUCUUGGAGAAAUAGAGGUAUCAUACAUUGCAUGGUCAUGCAUAUGAUAUUAUUGUGUAUUAUUAGAAUAUGAAAAAGUUACAAUGUCCAUGUGCAAUAUUCUGUGUAUGUUUCUGUCUGUUUUAAGUUUCCUUUUCUUUCUUGCCGGGUGUCUUCCCUGUUCUUCCUCCCACAUACUCUUUGCUAUUGCGGUCCGUUUGGUUUUUGGAGUAUAUGCAUGGCUGUUUUCAUUUGCCUGUCCUCAACUCAGUUGAUAGCCAUGUCUAUGUGCUUCCUUCAGAAUGCUCUAUCAAACCACCUCACCAACCCUCUCCCUGCCCUCUCUCCUUAACUCUCUUUGAAAAGGUCUUCAUUUCCUAUAGCAUAUCUCUUUAAAACAUCAAUGUAACCAAUGGUAGCAAAGCUAUUGGAUUAAUUAAUGUUAUGGAAACCAUUGACCUUCUUAAUGCACUCAUGCCUAAUAACUCUCUGGCCAAUAUAGGGUUUAUUGUAAGCCUACACCAAAUCAAGGUAAAGUCAAAUCUACUGUCAUAUUCUGUCAGUAGACCACAAAAAUAACAAUGUUGGUUUGUUACAAUACUGCAAGUAGUACAUUCCAUUUUGGAGUAGUAACUUUAAAGUAGCGUUCGAAAUUUGGAUUCAUAAUAGUAGGACUUUUUGCAAUUGAAGAGGCAGGGGUGGCACUGUGGUAGUGAAAGUAGCAAUACUGUAGAAGUAGCAGUAGCAGUUGUUAUUGGAGUAGUAGUAGUAGUUUUAGUAGUAGUAGUUUAAGUAGUGUAGUUGUUGUAUUAUUAGUAGCAUGUAUAAUAGUGCUAGCCCCACUAGCAGUAGCAGUUCUGGUAUGGGGAGCAGGGGUAACUGUAGCAACAGUGGUAGGAACAGCAGUAAUAGUGGACAGUAUCAUGGCAUCAACUGUCAAAGCAAUACUGAUCUCAAGCAGUAUUCUAAUGGCUUUAAACAUGCCUCUCAUACUAGAUCAUGAAAAUGCUUAAUGCCCCCACACACACACACACACACCACUGCAUGUAGGCCUUUCAUACACCUAAAGUGCCCAUGCAUUUGACAUGUAGGCACCUGUGUCAAUUAAUCACAUGAUCCCCUCUGUUACCCAGUUAGUGCAUAGCAACAUGAGAACAGUGUUAAAGGAUCUGAAGGUGAAGAGGACAUUUGACAGACUUCACCAUUCAGACUGGCACAAUGCUGUUUCCUUAUGCCAGUUUUUUAUGAUUUAACCGUUACAGUACUUGUCUCCCCUCAUAUAGCUCAUAUCUACGCUCUUGUCUCUCUGUCUGUAUCGUGUCCUUUAAUUUAAUUUACCUGUCUCUUCGGUUUACAGUCUCUGUGUUUUGUCUGUGCUUCUGGAUGUUAGGCCUCUUAUGUUUGUGUUUGUGUUUUGUAAGAUGGCGGAUCCCUGUCCUACUCUGACCCAUAAGGACGGUGGCCCUAGAUGUCCAAAAUCCUCCAUGCCAAAUCCUAACUCCAUCCUGCUUUUAUUUAGACUUUUUAAACUGUUUGUAAAAGGAAGAAGAAAAAAACAGCACAAAGGAAACCCAUUUGGUCUGUUGUAAAGUCAUUGAAGAAG